GUUGGUUGCUGGCCCCCACCAGAGGAAAAGGAUCUGACGUAUACAAGUGCAAGCGGACAUGUCCAAUUGGAAGAAGCUAUUCAAGAGCAAAACGUCAGGUGACGAGCAUCAGCCUUCGUCGAGGGCCUCUGCGGACUACAGUUCAGACGAUCAGAGAGCAGGAAACGAAAACAACAACCGCAACAGCGGAAGUUAUGGCCACAAUUACAGUAGAGAAGCAUCAAAGACACCCGUGGAUGGACAAGCAACUUUCAGUGAUUCUAGAAAGACGCUAGCGAGCUCUGACUUGAGUAAAAUAUCAUCGGGUGUUGACAAGUUGAACCUAAGUGAGGAGAACAGGGAGCCAGUUUUGAUUACCAAAAACCUGGAGAACACAGAUCCUGUCAUAGAAAACGACGAUGAGGUAUCAACCUCUGCUGGAAGCAGCUAUGGCAUGUCUUUGAACCAGCAGAACUCCUCCAACCGAAUGAAGCCUGGACUCCUCACUGUUAAAGUGUACUCUUCCAAGGACUUGGAGAUUCCAGUGCCUUUGAGAAUCAAUAAACAGAUUCUUUCCAAACUGGCAAGCUUGGGUCAGCAUGUUAAUGAGGAAGAGCUGAACGAGAAGAUUGAUGCGUUGAAUGAAUCUCUAGAUGAAGCCGCAAAUACUAAUCUAUCUUACUAUCUCCCUUCAACUUUGAGAAUUAACAGUUCUGCAGAGCCAAACAAAAAUGUUAUUGCCCAGUACAACCUUGUUUACGCUAUUAUUGAAGUUGAAAACUCGAGUGAAAGAAUAAGUUCAGUUGGUAAUACCAUUGCACAUACAAAGUUCAACAGUGUCACGACUUUCGAUGUCACGUCUCCAAAUAACGCGAUCUUAACGAUUCAAAUUUAUAUCAGGAUUCCAGGCUCCUUACUAGAGUCGAAUAAACAAGAAGAUCAUUUGAUUGGCUCAAUAAUGUGCAAAUUGUCUGACCUCAAUAGAAACUCUUUUGAUAACUUGCGUCCAGUCAGACUACUGAACCAUCAAUGGAUAAAUCUGAAAAAUCCAUACACAGAUGAUGACCUGAUAGGCUCUCUCAAUGUUACACUGGACUUCAAACCUUUGACUAAGGAAUCCAAACCUUUGUCGAUUGAGGAUUUUGAUCUUUUGAAAGUUAUAGGAAAGGGAUCUUUUGGAAAGGUCAUGCAGGUAAGAAAGAAAGAUACAGGUAAGAUUUACGCACUAAAAUCGAUUAGGAAAGCUCACAUUGUCAAUAAGAUGGAAGUCACCCAUACGUUGGCUGAGAAAUUUGUUUUGAGUAGGGUCAAUAGUCCAUUCAUUGUACCAUUGAAGUUUGCGUUCCAAUCAAGUGAAAAGCUCUAUCUUGUGUUGUCAUUCAUCAACGGUGGUGAAUUGUUCUAUCAUUUACAGAAAGCCAGAAGGUUCCCAUUGAUAAGGGCAAAAUUUUACAUUUGUGAGCUAUUAUCUGCAAUUGAAACACUUCAUUCCAUGAACAUUGUUUAUAGGGAUCUCAAGCCGGAGAAUAUUUUGUUGGAUUACCAAGGUCAUAUUGCGCUUUGUGAUUUCGGCUUAUGUAAAAUCAACAUGAAAUUGGACCAGAAGACAAAUACUUUCUGUGGAACUCCGGAGUAUUUAGCCCCAGAAUUAUUAUUGAACAAGGGGUACACCAGGGUAGUUGAUUUCUGGACGUUGGGCGUGCUCUUAUAUGAGAUGUUGACCUCUUUACCGCCUUUCUAUGACGAAGACGUUUCGAUCAUGUACAAGAAGAUUCUGGAAGACCCUCUGAUUUUCCCUAGUGACAUGGACUCUGUUACGAAGGAUUUGAUUUCCAAGUUGUUGAACAGAGACCCUGCACAAAGACUUGGGUACCAUGGAGUGUCGGAGAUAAAAUCUCAUCAAUUUUUCAAGGACAUUGACUGGGUCAAACUCACCAACAAGGGCUAUAUCCCUCCAUAUAAGCCACAAGUGAAAAAUUCGCUUGAUAUAUCCAACAUCAGUUCUGAAUUUACUGAUGAGAGACCAAUGGAUUCUGUAGUGGAUGACUUUCUCAGCGAGUCUGUGCAGAAGCAGUUUGGCGGAUGGACAUAUGUGGGCAGCUUUGGAGGAUCUGCUAAUUGAGAAGUGUGACUCUAUUAGUACAAUAAGUAACAUACUAUAUAUAUUGGUUAGAUAAGAUAUAAUAGAUCGAGCAGCAUUACCUGUUCCAGUCGAAUCAUUUGGUGCUGCUGUGUCUGUAAAGGUAGAAUUGUGUCACGAUGAUGACAUCUUCAGCGA